AUGACGUCCAUUGAAGUUCAACAGUAUUUAGAGGUUGAUGGCCUUCGUCAAUUGACGCGUCAACAACUUGGCAGCCUGGUCAACCCUCCUACGAGCGCCAGUGCCCGGAAGGGGCGCCCCAAUCGAUCCGACGGGCUUCUGAAGCUGUACGGUAUCACCAGAGCCGAUCUUGUGGCUGCGCAACGGCGGAGACAGCGAGGCAUCCAACCUCAUGACGGCAGGCGGAUUCUUCUGGCGCAUGAGCGUGUAGCUUUGACAAACUGGCUAGAGACCUGCAGUGAGAAGCGUGCGUGUAAGAGCCGUGGCAUGAUCGUGGACGUUGUGUGCGAGCUUCUUGAGAUUCGUCGCAGUGCCCGAGAGGACGCACUCAAUAUGAAUAGCAAAUUGCUUGAUCGGAUUCCCAAACUCAGCUCUGCUGAGCUUGCUCUUCUUGCUCGUCAUCGAGAGGCUGAAAGCUCGGACAACCCCAUGAGCCAGGCGCGUUGA